AUGUCAUUCGAUAGACCAGAAAUAUAUAGUGCACCUGUAUUGCAAGGGGAAUCGCCCACAGAAGAUGACAACACAGAAAUCAUCAAAUCGUUUAAAAAUUUUAUCCUAGAGUUUAGAAUAAAUUCCCAUUUCUAUUACAGGGAUCAAUUAAGAAACUCUCUUUUAAUUAAAAACUACUCUAUUCAAGUCAACUUGGAACAUUUGAUCGGGUAUAAUGAAGAUAUCUAUAAAAAAUUGACCGAUGAACCUUCCGAUAUCAUCCCAUUAUUCGAAAUCGCAGUGACUCAAGUCGCCAAGAGAAUAGCCAUCUUGAAUAAAUCGGCAUCUUCCUCCGAAACUGAUGAGUCGUUAGAACUGGACAUCCCGACUUUCCAAUUGAUUCUCAACUCUGACAUGAACCAAAUCCCCAUUAGAGAUUUGAACUCUCAGCACGUUUCAAAAAUUAUUAGAAUCUCCGGGAUUAUCAUUUCAGCUUCAGUUUUAUCUUCCAAACCUACCAAGAUUAGUUUGAUGUGUAGAAAUUGUAGACAUACUUUGAAUUUGAAAUUAAACAAUUUCAAUUCCAUUGCAAAUAAUAAUUCUAUUUCUUUACCCUCGGCAUGUCAAUCUUCUUUAAAUGCUGACCCCAACGAUUUAAAUAAUGCUACAAAAAAAGAAUGUGGUAAUGAUCCUUAUUUGAUCAUCCAUGAAAAUUCUUCAUUCAUUGAUCAACAAUUUUUAAAAUUACAAGAAAUCCCAGAAUCGGUCCCCAUUGGUGAAAUGCCAAGAAAUAUUUUAAUGACUACUGAUAGAUUUUUGACAAAUAGAGUAGUACCAGGUACAAGAGUAACAAUAAUUGGUAUCUAUUCUAUUUAUCAAUCAAAAAAAACAGCAUUGGGUAGUAAUAGUAAUUCGUCUGCAUCUGUGGCUAUUAGAAACCCCUACAUUAAAGUAUUAGGUAUUCAAUCAGAUAUUAAUUCCACUUCAAACAUGACCACUCUAUUUAAUGAAGAAGAAGAAGAAGAAUUCAUUCAAAUGAGUAGAAAUCCAAAUAUUUAUAAAAUUUUGAAAAAUUCCAUUGCUCCAUCAAUUUUCGGUAAUGAUGACAUUAAAUUAGCCAUUGUAUGUUUAUUAAUGGGUGGUUCCAAAAAAAUCUUACCAGAUGGGAUGAGAUUAAGAGGUGAUAUUAACGUUCUUUUAUUAGGUGAUCCAGGUACUGCCAAAUCCCAAUUAUUGAAAUUUGUUGAGAAAGUAGCGCCUAUAGCUGUAUAUACUUCCGGUAAAGGUUCUUCUGCUGCCGGUUUAACUGCAUCCAUUCAAAGAGAUCCACAAUCUCAUGAAUUUUAUUUAGAAGGUGGUGCUAUGGUCCUUGCUGAUGGUGGGGUCGUUUGUAUUGAUGAAUUUGAUAAGAUGAGAGAUGAAGAUCGUGUGGCAAUUCAUGAAGCUAUGGAACAACAAACAAUUUCUAUCGCUAAGGCAGGUAUUACUACAGUUCUAAAUUCAAGAACAAGUGUCUUGGCCGCAGCAAAUCCGAUCUACGGUCGUUAUGAUGAUUUGAAAUCACCAGGUGAAAAUAUAGAUUUCCAAACAACCAUUCUUUCUAGAUUCGAUAUGAUCUUCAUCGUUAAAGAUGAUCACAACGAGGAAAGAGAUAUCUCUAUUGCAAAUCAUGUUAUUAAUAUUCAUACGGGUCAGGCUACUCAAUUAGAUAAUCAAAGAGAAAAUUCAAAUAUGGAAUUAUCAAUGGAAAAAUUGAAAAGAUACAUCACUUAUUGUAGAAAAAAAUGUGCUCCAAGAUUAUCCCCCGAAGCAUCUAAAAGUUUAUCUUCACAUUUUAUUAAUAUUAGAAAACAAUUAUUAAUUAAUGAAUUACAAUCUACCGAUAGAUCUUCUAUCCCAAUUACAAUCCGUCAAUUAGAGGCUAUUAUACGUAUCACUGAAUCUCUAGCAAAAUUAGAAUUGAACCCUGUAGCAAGUGAGAAGCAUGUCGCAGAAGCUAUUAGAUUGUUUCAAGCUUCAACAAUGGAUGCUGCUUCUCAAGAUCCUACUGGUGGGUUACAAUUGCAUAAUUCUUCUGCAUUAUUUAGUGAAAUUAGAAGAAUAGAACAAGAAUUGAAAAGAAGAUUACCAAUCGGUUGGUCUACUUCAUAUCAGACUUUACAAAGAGAAUUUGUAGAUUCAAAAAGAUAUUCUCAAGCAGCUUUAGAUAGAUCAUUAUAUGCCCUUGAAAAGCACGGGACUAUUCAAAGAAGGUAUCAAGGCCAAAAUAUUUAUAGAAAUGGCGUUUAA